AUGGGUAGUGAUUUUUGGUUUGCUCCCCAGGUCACUUUGUACGAUCAGGCAUUAAAAUUGCGAAAUCCUAACACUUUGUACGGUCGGGUGUUGGUUGGUUUUAGGUUUGUAGUUGAAUACAAUGCAUUGACUUUUGGCCAGAGAAAAUUUGAAUCCGGUUUCUUUGCACCAGUUUUGGAAGUGGAUAAUGGAUAUGGUAAUGUCGAAGUGUCAUAUAUAAUAUAUAUUAAAACAACAGAGCUUAAAAAGAAAGAAGAUGCCAAACAAAGGAAUCGUUUGGAAAAAAAAGUUACCAAGCUAUUCAACUGUUCGAAAGAAAACAUCAAAGUAUUGAACUCUCCGUUAGUUACUGAAGAUAUCGAGAAUUUGGCUCCUAUGUUAGAUCCAAAUAUGAAGUUCACGAAUAACCAUCAAAUGAAAUACUAUGAUUAUCUAUUGAAAUAUAUUGAAGAUAAUUUAAAUAGUACGUAG